UUCAACUUCAACAAAACAAAUGAAUGUCCGAUUCGUGCGCCCAUUUCACAAGUUCCUCAAGUCAAGAAUAAAAUUUGUUUCGACGACCUAUUAAUUUAUUGCUUUUUAUCUCGGCAAGUAACCAUUGUUAUUUUUACAAAUAUCUAAAGGAAUCGAAUAGUAGUGCAAGGGUUUUGUUAUAAUUAUACAAAUUGCUGAUUUAUAAUUGUCGAUACGUAGACGAAUGGAAUCAAGUUUCAUGAAUAGAAGUGCAUUUGCUUUCGUGAUGGAAUUUUAAAAGAUGUAAAUAAAUAGGAGGAUAUAAGAAGUACUAAGUCGUCAAGAUGGUCGUAAUUUAUGUUCACCUUUCACCUACAAAUGAAUAGACUAAGUUACCACCGAUGUGCUUCUUGUACGUGGUUGUGCCAGGAAUGUCCAUUGAAUCCAGCGAGAUUUAUGUGCAAUGGUAGUAAAGAAGAAGAAAGUAAAAUCAGAGAUGAAUAACACAAUCAAGAACACAGAUUAUAGUUGGACACCAGGGCCUGAACCGCCUAACAAUCAGGAUGUGGGUGUUCCGAGAGCUCACUUCAUUCCACAUUCGAAUUCCUUGCCAUUUGAGGAACGGCGGGUUACUUUAGAACAGCCAGUCAAGAUCGGACGCAACGUGUACCGCGCGACGCCAAGCCCCACGAACACUAUCUUCGAAUGCAGAGUGCUCUCGCGGCAUCACGCUACGCUGUAUUAUGACAAGGGCCACUUUUACCUCGUGGACAACCGCAGCAGCAACGGAACAUUCAUCAACAACAACCGGUGCUCCAUAUCUAAACAACAGGAGCCCCACGAAGUGUUCUCUGGCGACGUGGUGCAGUUCGGCAUUCCCGUUGUUGAGAAUGCCGAUAACUUGGAGAAGAACACGUUUCCGCCAGUGGUCGCCCUCCUCAAACUGUACCAUCCCGAUGGUAAGGAGGCGAAAUUAUCGUUCAACCCCACCAUGACUACACCAUUACACCUCAAAGAGUUGUAUCAACUCAAUAAUUUUGUUCAGGAGGCAGUCCAACGCGAGGCGUCAUUAGAAACACGUUUACGCACGUUACGCGAAUGCGUUGAGCGCACGCGCGCCGAAGCUGAGGCCUCCUGGGAGUUAUUCGUGGGGGAACAGCGACUGCUCAUGAGGGUCCACGCCUUGGAGAGCAUGCUGGCCAUGGGCAAGCAACCCGACGCACACCAAGUGGCUCAGCUGCUCAAUGAUAAGAGCAACUAUCAGGAAGUAGCACAAGAGAGCCUGAGAGUGGCGCACGAACAACGACUAGCAUUAGAAGAGACUUUAGAACGACGCAAUCGCGAGGCGGCCGCGUUACAUCAGAACAACUGUACGCUGAGACUCACUGCUUCCAAUGCCACAGCUGAAUUGCAGAAAUUGGCAGCGCGCUGUGAACGCAAGAUGUGCGCGGCGCGGCUCGCCAUCGCCGCGGCCGAAGAGAAGGAACAGGCUGCCAGGGAGCAUCUGCCUCUCACGUACUCAGUGCAAAACGGUGAAGCAAAAAUGCUGGUUCUAAGUACAGACAGCAACAAGUUGCAAGACGCGAAGCGAUCCGGCUCUCUGGAGGACGCCGUGCGCGCCCUCCCCGACUAUAUCAAGCUGCUCCUGCCGCAGCAUGUGCUGAACAAGGUUGGCAUAAAGGCGAUAUCAGCCGAAGGCAAGACCGCGAAGGAGUUCGAAAUGAUUCUCAAGAAAAAUAACAUUUACAACGCGGAAAAUAAAGUGAUUUCAGAAAAAGAGGAGGAUGAAGGCGUAGUCGGCGGAGGAAGCGACGAAGAGAAAGGCGGUGAGCCAGAGUCGUGUACCGAUGACGAGAAACAGUCGCGACUCAACCAUGAUCCAGAGCACGAGGACAGUCCGAGCGGCGAGCUGCACGCCGACAAUAACGCCAACUCCACGUACAGCGAGCAGGAAGAGUCGCCGAGCAAAGCCGGCGUCGAAUACGCGAACAUCCUCCGCGUGAUGGCCGGCCUCAACGAUGAGAUCAAAGCGCUCCGCUCGCGCCUGGCCGCCGCGGCCGCGGAGAACGAGCAGCUGCGCUCCGUGCGCGACGAGCUGCUGGCCGCGCAGCCCGACGCCGCGCCCGACGCCGCGCCCGACCAGAUCCAGCAGCUGCAGGCCCGGCUAGCUGAAACAAAAGAGGCCAGUUCAGCCGAAAUCCAACGUCUGUCCAGACUGUAUGAAGAUUUGAAGACACAGAUGUCUGCUCAACCCACGCGAGCUCAAAUAGCCGAGGUCGGCUCCGUUGUCGACCAUCUAAAGAAGGAAAUAACACAAAGAGAUCAGGUCAUACAGCAGCUGCAGGAAAAGAUUAAAAACAAGGUCACCGAGGACAAAGCCAUCGAAACCUCCGACUCUCUCGAGGAUAUAAAGAAGGCCAGCGAAGUGGACGAGCCCAUCGACACAAAGAAGAUAUCAUUGGAAAUCGACGAGAUGUUCCAGUUGGGGUUCGAAGACGAAGACGACGACACGGACUCAGCGGCCACGGAGAUCAUCAAGGAUGAUACCGCGGUGAACAAUGCGAACGAUACGUCGAGUUCGGCGAGCGAUUUCGUGCGGCUCGACGAUGAAGCGAGGCUGCAAGUCACGCUGCAGAAUGGCAGUUUGCACGCAUUGGAGGAGGAACUGGUGCGCGCUAAGGAGAGCUGGGCGGAGGUAUGCAACGAGCGAGCACGCCUAGCCGCGCAGUUGGCGUCGCUGCAGAACAAGCCCUCCGCGCGGCUGUCCGCCGCCACCGCGCUGGCGCUGCUGGUGCCGCUGCUGGCCGCCGCCUUCUACUACAUGCUGCCCUACAUUUCCUGAUGCACGGCCACCUGGGAGCCCCCAGGGUUCGUGUAAUCAUCCCAUCCUUUUCCCCACCACCUCUCUGCCCCGCCACUCCAAUAUCUACGACGAAGUUCGGUUCCGGUCUUUUCUCAGUGUGUGUUAGGGCUUGUGUAGCAUGCUGAAAGUACAACAUUUUAACGGCCAUUGACUCUAUGGUUCACUAAAAAAAACUUGGGCAAUUUAGACUUAUUCCUUGGAAGGAACGAACGAGGUGAGUUAAAUCAAUUCUAUACUCUUGUAAGUCCCAAAAACAAGGUCAAUUUCGAUUUCUUCUAAAGCGAAUUUUGCCUUUGUGAACUGUUA